CUCUAUAUCAUACCUCAUUCCACUAUGCCUUCACCUCUUUCUGCAUGCAAACACCCAAACACCAUGAAUUCUGCCCUCACACAUAUCUCCUUCCACUCUCCCUCUUAUUUCAUCCUAAAACAGCGCCCGCAGUCCCGCCACCAGCAUAUCAGCAUCAAGUGGAGGAAGAGGCAACAAUGUUCAGCAAAGCCCAUACGAGCCAUACCAGGCCCGAAUGCAACCGGUGCUUACCGUGGAGGUAAUGCCUUACCAUCUUCACCCCUGACAGAUGUGAUUCAGGAGUUCUACUCCUCCCUCAAUGACAAGGAUAUCACGCGGCUCAACAAGCUGAUUUCCCCUGAUUGCGUCAUCGAGGACACUGCAUACUACAAACCGCUGGACGUCAAGAAUACCCAUACCUACUUCACAAGGCUUAUCAAAGUUAUGGGGAAGAAUGCCAAAUUUGCUAUCGAUGAGGUUUGUCAAGGAGUAGAACCCACUGUUGCAGUAAUGUGGCACCUUGAGUGGCGCGGAGAGAUGAUCCCAUUUGCCAAGGGCUGCAGUUUCUUCAUGUGUUCAGCAAAUGGAGCAGCCCUUCUUAUUAGGAAAGUUCAUAUCUUCGACGAGUCACCCCUGAAACCAGGAAAGCUGGCAUUGGAAAUACUUAAUUUUGUGACCAACGUGUUCGACACAUUCCCAUAUAUAGCUAAAGGUUUCCUAAAGAAUAAAGAAGCACUAGCUCGGUUCUUCGCGAGGUUUUAUAAAUUCUGCGGGCCUUUUAUCGUCCCUCUUGUUGCAUAUUAUACCGACGUCCCUAUUCUUGCAUAUUAUACCCGCUUCUGGUCAUAUGUGGCACAAGGAUUCACUAUGGUGCUCAACAUGCUGUAUAACAUUUUCAAGCGGUUCAUGUAAAGUACUAAUAUCAACAUUCAGAAGAAAAACAAAUCUCGAAGAUACCCUGUGUGGUUGCAAUCAAUUACCGGUAACAUCACGGGUGAAGGAUCAGCGAAGGACCUACAACAACCAGCUGCAGUAUAGAGACCGUCAAUGGCUCAGAAUAUUCCACAUGAUGGUGGUUUGCUUCCCAGAGGCUUCCUACUUUUGCUCCUGUGAAACAGAAAUGGACAUCAUUUCACUCUUCAAAGGAAAUGUCUGUUAGCAUAGGGAUGUAUAUAACCACAGGAUAUUGUUGUAAGAAGAACUGACCAAUACUAUUGUUACAUUCUAAUAUUACGUACUAAUUUGCAGCAUCGAAUAAAAUGCCCCCUAAAUAUUCUGCUUACGAAUUCUUGUGUAACAGCUGCAGUAGCAUCUUACAAUAUUUGCCUAUUUGUGUAGUUGUAGGUUUUUCU